AUGUCGAACUUCCUUGGGAACGACCUGAAGACUGAGAAAGACCUCGACGAAGCCAGCACGGCCGUACCGACACCCCUCUACCGCUCAACGACCACUUCGCUCCAUAGCAAGGAGGAGAAGGGAGGCCUCGAAGAGCCAAAAGAAUCCCACGCACCGCAGGACCACUCCACAGCCACAUCCACCCACAGCAUCGACAAACCCGAACAACAGCAAGAAGAUGGCGGCCCGCUCGAACCAGUCGAAAGCAGCAUGUACCCCGGCCCAGCGAAGCUCAUCCCGAUCUUACUCGGUAUCUGCAUGUCCAUGUUCCUCGUCGCACUCGACAUGACAAUCGUCGCCACAGCCAUCCCGAAGAUCACGGAUCAAUUCGGUUCCUUGGAUGAUGUCGGCUGGUACGGUUCGGCUUUCUUCCUGACAGUUGCUGCUUUCCAGAGUACCUGGGGCAAGGCUUUCAAGUACUUCCACAUGAAGUGGACGUUCAUGCUUGCGAUCUUCAUCUUUGAGGUGGGCAGUCUGAUCUGCGGCGUCGCUCCUAACAGCAAGGCGCUCAUCAUCGGGCGAGCUAUCGCUGGUGCUGGUGGUGCUGGUGUUGCUAGCGGUGUCUACACUAUUCUGGCGUUCUCUGUCCCUCCGGCGAAGGUGCCGGCCUACACUGGUAUUCUUGGAGCGACGUACGCCAUCGCAUCGGUCGUUGGGCCACUCAUUGGCGGCGCGUUUACUGAUAAUGUGUCCUGGCGUUGGUGCUUCUACAUCAACCUCCCAAUCGGUGGUCUGGCAGCCGCCAUCCUCCUCUUCCUCUUCACGCCCCCCAAAGGUGCCAAACCACAGCAGGCCACAAUGAAAGAGAAGUUCCUCCAACUUGACCUCGGCGGCGCUUUCAUCUUCAUGGCCGCCAUCGUCUGCCUCAUCCUCGCCCUGCAAUGGGGCGGCACGACAAAACCUUGGUCAGACCCAGACGUCAUCGGCACACUCGUCGGCUUCUUCGUCAUUCUCGCCGUCUUCAUCGUGAACGAGAUCUACAUGGGCGAGCGAGCCCUGCUCAUCCCACGCCUGAUGAAGAACAAGACCUACGCGUUGAUGUCGGCCUAUGUCAUGUUCAAUUGCGCCGCCUUCUUCAUCCUAAUCUACUAUCUCCCCAUCUACUUCCAAUCCAUCGACGACGUCUCCGCCGCCUCUUCAGGCGUCCGCAACCUCCCCUUCAUCAUCGCCAUCGCCCUCUGCACCGUCCUCUCCGGCCUCACCAUCUCCAUCAACGGCGUCUACGUGCCCUGGAUGAUCGGCGGGUCCGUCUUAUCCACCAUCGGCGCCGGGCUCAUAUUCACCCUGGACAUCGGCACUGGCUCGGGCAAAUGGAUCGGAUACCAGAUCCUCGCCGGCGUAGGGUCCGGAGUCUCGUUCCAGAUCCCGAUUAUCGUCGCGCAAGGCGUGUCAGAGCCGAGUGACGUGAGCAGUAUCUCCGCCAUCAUCCUGUUCUUCCAGACGAUCAGCGGAGCCGUCUUCAUCUCCGUCGCACAAGUCCUCUUCACGAACAAGCUGCUAGAGGAAGUCGCGGCGAACGUGUCGGGUGUCAACCCUGGCGCUGUGGUCGUCACAGGCGCUACCAGUUUGAGGGAUCGGUGGGGUGGAGCGCAGUUGGCCGGGAUUCUGAGGGCGUAUAUGGCUGGGCUGAAGGACGCCUAUAGCCUUGCGAUUGCGCUGGGGGGUGUGGCGUGUGCGGUUGCGGUGUUGGCGUUGGUGAUUGAUAAUAGGAAUUUGAAGGUUAAGGAGAAGUUGCAGGAGGAUGCUGAGGCGAAGCAGGAAGGCAAGGCCUGA